AUGAACCGUAGAUUGGCUCUGGAUGUUGCACAUGAGAAACAAGAGAGGGCGUACCGGGAUGUCAAACUGCUACUUGCCCAUGGAGCUGACCCGAAUGCUGUGGGCACCCUAUCAGAAAUGAAUUCGAUGCUUCAUUUGGCAUGUCUGCAUUAUCAACCCAGAAUCGUGCAGGCAUUGCUGGAAGCAGGCGCAGACCCCAGUGCAAAAGACGCGCGCGGUUGCACACCCUUGCGUAUGCUAUUUGAGCGAUACAGCUUCAAGUCAAGUGAUCGGGAUACUCUGCUUGACGUUCUUCUUGCAGAUCCAAGAGUCGAAAUUGACGAACGCGACAAUGAUGGCUGUACGCCACUGAGCAUUGCGGCAAGUUGUGAAUGUAAUGUAUCGGUCGUUCUGAAAUUUGCUAAGAAAGCUGUCCGCAUGCCAGACGAGGUCGAUAUCAAUUCUCAAGACAACCAAGGGGUGACACCGCUUUGUCGCUGCAUUGCCGCCAACAACUAUGAUAUAACUCGUCUCCUCCUAGCGCAGGAUAGAAUAGAUCCCAAUCUGGGUCCAAGGGAUGCAUUUCCAUUAAUGAUUGCUGUUUGUCUUAAUCAGCAACAGACAGUGGAACUUUUGCUAGAAUCGAAGCGACUCGACAUCAACAAGCAAACUAGCAAAGGGCAAACUGCUCUGCUGAAGGCGAUUGAUGUGGGCAAUAAGGAUGUCAUCAAGAUGCUUGCCAAAGCUGGUGCCAACCCAGAUAUUGAAAUGAGCGAAGGUAAGACAGCACGGCAGCAGACGUUGGCUGCAGACAUACAUGUCAAAUGGAAGACUCGCCCGGUAUGA